AUGCUGCUCGACAAAGACGCCGAGGUCAACGCGCAGGGUGGAAAGUUUGGCAACGCACUCCAGGCGGCUUCAGCUGGAGGCCACGAGCAGGUAGUCAAGAUGCUGCUGGAUAAAGGCGCCGACGUCAACGCGCAGGGUGGACGCUAUGGCAAUGCACUCCAGACAGCUUCAUACAGAGGUCACGAGCAAGUGGUCAAGACGCUGCUCGACAAAGACGCCGACGUCAACGCGCAAGGUGGAAAGUUCGGCAACGCACUCUACGCAGCUUCAGCUGGAGGUCACGAGCAGGUGGUCAAGAUGCUGCUC